UGUGCUUAUAUAUUAUAUUAUCUGCAGGAAAUGAUGGGAUUAACAUACUUUAUGUUGAAUCAAUCAAAAAAAGAUGUUGAAUAUUGCAAGGAAAACACCUUCAGCACUUAUUUAGUGUCCCUCGUAGUUCUUUACAACAAAUAUUUGUCAUUUCUUUUAUUUAUUUAAAAAGUGUGCUUUUAUUUAGCGUAUUAGGACAUCAAUGCCUCAUGGUGUGGCCUUUAGUGGAUUGAAAUGUUUUUGUUAAAAAACUUCAGUUUUUUUUUUUGCAGGAACCUCUUCAUCCAGCUGUGAUGCUUGUUCCAAUUAUGUUAAGAAAGUAUGGAUUUCAUUUCAUUCUUUCUGGUGAUCUGUACAAGAAAUGAGAUCAGAGUAAUGGUGCAAUGGAUCCAAAGCUUCCAAAAGAAUUUGUUUUAGUGCAUGUGAUACAGAGCAAGAGAAACACACUUGCAUUUGAUCAUGAAUCAAAUCCAUGGGCAUUUUAUGUUUGGGCAAUUUUAGUAGGAUCUUCUUCAUACAAUUCAACAGAGGCAGUAUGUUGUCUCAGUUAAAAACAUUAGAAUACAUGACUAUCAAAAACCAAUGGGAGAGUAUUUCUCCGGAACGGGCUAAAAGAAAUAAUUUUUUUUUCUCACAGGGCCUGAGUGAUCUCUCUCCAAUAUCAUUAUUCAUCACGAAAGAUAAAUCACAAGCUUUCUGCUCAUUGCACAACUACUUCAAACAAAACAACUGCUUCUGUUUCCACUGGAUUUUGAUCCAAUUCAAAAACUGGCAUGUAAAUUUACUCUUCUACCCUCACAAAACUACACUACUAAUUUGA